UUCGCACAUCAAGGACAGCCUGCAUUGUGUGUCUUGCUUUUUUUGACACAAAUGUUUGCACAGGGAGGCUGCACAAGAAGCGGAGCUUCGCUAGCAGGUCAUGAUUAAAACGGGCCUUGAUAGACAAACUUUGAAUCAACUUUUAUGGUUUACAUUCUUAUUUAGCUGGAGGAAAAGGCGGACUGAAUAGGCUGUGUGUCAAUGGAGAUGCUUUCAAAAACAGGCGCAGCAGAUUCUUCUCGGCACAAGGCAUCGCGUCCAGCUACAGCGCAUAGCAAGACUGUGUCCCACACCUUGUCCCUGCCGUCAUAUAAAGCCUAUCCUGCUCAUCGACCCUUCAUCAACACUCUUGUACAUCACACACCCCAAACACGCUCUCAGUGUUCAUAUCGCCCAGCAUUACCCAGCAAAGCCUUUCCAGAGAGCAGCAGUGCAGCAAUCUCCUCUGCCUUGAGGAACCUCCAAGAGAAGAUUAGGAGGCUGGAGUUUGAGAAAGAGCAAGCAGAGCUCAGCCUUUGCACUUUAGGGGAUGAUGUACGACACAGACGUCAGCAGAAUGACAGCACUGAACACAGACUCCUAAAUGCUGAGAGGGGUACAGAAAGAAAGACAAGUGACCAGUCGCACUGCAACCAAGUGUUGAUCACCCACCUUGCUGCUGCAGAGAGUCGUUGUGAGAAGCUGGAGAGACAGUUGGAGCAGAUGAGAAAGAUGUUGCGCAGCACCAGGACAGAAAAGACCAGCCUGCUCAAUCAGCAGAGAGUCGGUGCAAAUAAUCAGCAGCCUGAUGCAGUGUCUGAGCAUGCCCAAUUAGAAAAGCUGGAAAAACUUGAGCAGGAAUAUAUCAGGCUGACUCACACACAGAAAAAUGCAGAGAUGAAGAUCUGUGAGUUGGAGAGAAAGCUACAAGAAGAAGAACACCAGAGAAGGCUCAUUCACGAUAAAGCCAACCUGCUACAGACAGGUUUGGAGGCCAACAGGAUCUUGCUGCAGUCCGUUUCUCCACGUCUGUCCACCAGACAAUCCAAAGAAAGGAAGUCCAGCUCAAAGUGUUCUUCUACACAGCACACAGAGCCUCACUACAGACUGAGCCUUAAAGAUGUACCAUUUGUCACUGGAACGUCAGUUACCUGCAGCCACUCGGUCAGAGCCAACGUUCAGGCAGUUUUGUCCCUCUUGAAACGACAUCAGCCACAUCUCUGCAACAGACAUGUUCUUUUUCGCAGUACAAAUCGCUCUGAAAGGAGCAGCUAUUCAAACAGUUUAUCCACCUCAUCGUCCACUAGCGGAGAGGAACUGUCAGAGCUGCUACAAGCCCUACAGGAGGAGCUGCGCUUCAUGAGUUUGGAGCAGGGUGAGUUGAUGAGGCAGGCAGAGGAGAGCAUCUCUGCAGAGGAAAGGAAAGAACUUCAGAGGGAGCAGGAGAGGCUACUGCUGAGAAUGGAGAGGAAAGGAAACCAGAUCAGUAAGCUCUGUAAUUAUAAAUCACAGAUUAAGAAGCUAAGAAAGGAGUCUAAAUCUAGAAAGAACAGUCAGACUGAAGAAAGACCUGCCACCAGAGGGCGCUCUGCAGCAUCAACCAAAGCUCAGCCAGGAGAGAGAAGCAAGAAUAACUUGAGGCUGCUGAAGGACAUGAAAGCUCUGCAGGCUUCUUUACGGACCUGAAACUCACUACAACAUAUGUUUCCCUUUCUGACCCUAUCAUUCUACCUCUGUUAGUUCAUAACUAAAACUGCCUCCAGAUGAAAACACACUGCGCACAUGAGGAAGAUCCACUGCUUUUUAUCUUCUUCAUGAGAUCAUUGAUGCCUUCUCUUAGUACUCGGCAGAAGGAUUUUCUAAGCUUGGAGCUCCUCAAGUAGCCCUGAGUUCAGUAUCUCAUGUGGCUGCCACUCUUACAAAAUAUAGUGAAUGUUACUGGUAGAAACUGUUUAGUAGCUUUUCUGGUAGGUUGUAUCUCAUUAAACCAAUGGCACAACAACGCAUUAUUCAACUCCUAUUUGUGAACAUGUUGCUUUAGUGUUUGAGCACAUAAAAUUGAGAGAAAGACAUUUAUAUCAGCUUGUAUAGCUAAUAGUAGUUAGCAACAAAGCCCCCUGGGUUCAGUUUCUAUUUUCUGACUUGUAUUUUUAUCUAAUGAGGCAGAACCAAAACAUUUUUACAAAGCACUGUUGAUUUAUUACUUAGAAUAAAGAUUAAAAAGGACUGUUUACUGGGCAUCUUCUUUAACUUUUAAAUUCUGACCAGCAGGGGGCCUAAAAGUGUAGCUGCUCAUGUCCAGAAAGAAUCAAGACAGUUUUAUUUUUAUGUCUUUGGACACAAUAAAUUUGUAGAGAGGUGGUACUGACUUCUCAGGAAGGGGAAAGCAAAAUAAAAGUGCUUUCAACAUAUCCUAAGUAUACAGUUAUCCCUAGACAAAUGAACAAAUAAAAAGUUAUUUGUUUUCAAACAUAAUCCAAACUAAUGUGAAAACUGAAACUGAUUAGUUACCCUAAUUGUUAUUUUGAAAAAUAAAUUUCGUCUCACUUAAAAUAGGAUGUUUUUGGGCAUCAGAGAAUCUGUGAAUUAGCAGCUUUUCUGCACCAACAGAAGAAAAGCCUUUAAAAAUAAUACAAAAAAUCUUCCCCAGGUCCCCAGAUUUGAACAACUGACAACCACAUUUCAGCAUAAAAGUGGUUUUACAACAAAUUCUUCGAAAUUAUUUGGACAAAAGAUCAAACAAUUAAGUUAGAUUGUUUUAGGGAUAAUCAUGCAUUUGUUUAAAGCAAACAGGGGUGGCAUCAAGCCAACCUGAAAGAACACCCGAAACAACUGAAGUAAACUUUAUGAUGUUUAAAUUAUCAUGUAGAACAAUAUUAUCUUUUUGGAUUAUUGAGGUAGACAAGCAUGUAUAGGUUUAUCUCACAGUUGUUCUAGGAAACAGUGGAGGUCAUCUAAAGCUGCUUGCUAGAAUGUGACAGUAUUUAGAUUUUUUUUUUCCACAAAUGUUGAUCGAAAAGCAAACAAUAUUUUAUAUUUCAGAUAUAACAUGUAUUUACAUAUUCCAAUUUUUUUGGCCGAUUACUUCCUUGUGUUUUUUCCGGAGCGGAUCCAUUAUUUAACAAUGCAUUGUCUAUGUUUGAUGCAGUACUAUACAUCAGCUUAUUUAAAUAAAAUCACAAUUAUA